AUGGGUCUGCCCACGUCUUUCAAGCUCCUCUCGGGACAUGAGAUGCCCGCAGUUGGCCUGGGCACCUGGCAAUCCAAGCCCAAUGAGGUCAAGAAUGCUGUCGAGCACGCUCUCAAGAACGGCUACCGUCACAUCGAUGCCGCCGCUGUCUACGACAACGAGAAGGAGGUCGGCGAGGGCCUCAAGGCCUCCGGUGUCCCUAGGAAAGACAUCUUCGUCACCAGCAAGCUCUGGAACACCCACCACAAGGCCGAGGACGUCGAGACCGCGCUAGACAUCACCCUCGCCGACCUGCAGACCGACUACGUCGACCUGUACCUGAUUCACUGGCCCGUGUCCUUCAGGAAGGAGAACGACACCAACCGCUUCCCCCUGCAUCCCGUCACGGAGGCCGUCCACGUCAUCGACGUGCCCGUCUCCGAGACGUGGAAGGCCAUGGAGGCCCUCGUGAAGAAGGGCAAGAUCAGGUCCAUCGGCGUCUCCAACUUCACCCGUGAGAAGAUCGAGGAGCUGUGGAAGACGGCCGAGAUCAAGCCGGCGGUCAACCAGAUCGAGGCGCACCCGUACCUGCAGCAGCCCGACCUGCUGGCCUGGUCCAAGGAGAACGGUAUUGUGGUCACCGCGUACAGCCCCCUCGCCAACAACAUCUACAACCUCCCUCGCGCCGUCGACGACUCCACCAUCAUCGAGAUUGCAAAGUCUCUGGGCAAGGAGCCCGCUCAGGUCCUCAUCAGCUGGGCCGUCCAAAGAGGAACCGUCGUGCUUCCCAAGUCUGUUACUCCCUCAAGAAUCGAGAAGAACGCUGAAGUACUUGAGCUUCCCAAGGAGAUCUUCGAGAAGAUCAACUCCCUCGACAGGAAACACCGCUACAACUUCCCAGCUCGCCUCGGACAAGACAUCUUCGGCGAGUCGGAUCCGGAGACGCUGAAGAAGGCGGUGGAGACCUGGGUGGCACAGCAGAAGAAGAUCAGAGCCGGCCAAGCAUAG